UCCAUGUCAUGAUUACAUUUGCUCAAUUUUAUUGUUAAAACUAAUGAAAGAUGACGACCAGAAAGGACCAGCUCGGGUUUGAACCUCAGAAGGAAUCUAUAUACAACAGAUUGUUGCCAUAUGCUGACAAAAUAGACGAUGAGGCGUUACGCGUAUUCGCACAAAUCAAAGGGAAUCUUGGUAGAAGUGUUCAACUUCGAGAUAUUAAAAUCGGAGCAAGUCAUUGGGUUGGACAGCUUACCAGGUAUAUUCGACUGUAUGGACUGAUGUUUUCAAAGGAAGACCACCUCUACCUGGUAAAACUGCUCUAUCAGAUGAUUAUCAUCCCCGGCCUUGAACUCUCCACUGUCCAGAAGUUUUCCAACCAGCUCAUUUCACUGCUGAAGAAAAAGGAGCUGUUGUCAAGAGAGGAUCUCGAACUGCCAUGGCGGCCGUUGUACAACCUCAUAGAGUCGGUGAUAUAUUCACAGUAUGAGCAGCAUGGUCUUCAGCUUUUCCCUGUAAAUAUUGAAAGUGUUUUGAAGAACCUUGUUCGUACAUGUCGAACCUAUUUCUCCCUCGAGUCAACUCAAGAAAUGUUGGAUGAGUGGCGCCCUCUGCUGUGUCCAUUUGACAUCACUGUGAUCAAGGCCCUCAACUAUCUGGAACUGUUCCUCCCUACAGCCCUCCCCCCAGAACAUCACCACAGAGGAUUCAAAUUGUGGUUUGAGGAAUUAAUUGAAUUAUGGGAGUCAUUUCACAAUGGUCCAUCGUGGGAAUAUAGCUUGGUGAACUUGUUCUCCAGAUUGACUUUUGAAAACAUCAGCUAUGUUGAGUGGAAGCCAUACAUCCCAAUGAUCUUCACCCGGUUUUUGCGAAGCUUUAAUCUCCCAGUGGGCAAGCAGCCAGUUAUCUCCAACAAAACUAAUCAUUGUUACGAGGUGCAGUCCACGGCAAUCUGGAUUGUCUCUAUGCUGGGAGGACCGAAUAAUCUAGCACAAGAACAUGUAGCUCAGCUGUUUAAAGCCCUUCAGACUUUCUAUCACCCAUCCAAUGUUGGUCGGUGGAAUCUCCGACUUAGUUCACUGCUUACAGCCUUGCCGAAAUGUUUUAUCAGAAGGCUGCACAGGGAGCGUUAUGCCAAGCCAUCGUGGGAGAACUCGAUUCCUGAAUCCCAGAAGCUGACGGAGCCUGACAUCAGUCACUUCGUGGAGUGCAUCAAGCCGGUCGUGUUCGUGGCGAUGUUCAGUAAGAGUGGCAGCCAGGACGCCUCCAUCGCCCUCCGCUACCUCUCUACCAUGAGGCCCGAACUGAUGGUGCCCAAUCUUCUCGAGCAUAUGUACCCGGCCAUGGAGACCCUGAUAGAGCCCCACCGGCUGAUAGCGUGUAUGAACUGCAUCGUGGCAGUUGUGCGGCCCAUGCUGAGGGCUGGUAAGUGGUACCCAGCCGGCCCGCUUCACGUUCUGCCUCUUCUCAACCUCUCACUGCCCGGGAUUGAUUCUAACGACUUUAAGAAGUGUUUGGUGACAUUCCAGAUGGUUUCCACGUUUGUGUCGAUGAUUCCGAUUGUGGACUGUUCUUCUGCUGUACAUGUUAGAAAAGAUCUCACAGAGGAAGAAAGAGAGCAGUGUUUAGCAACUGUUGGAUUUGAAGACUGGGUUUUGCAGUUCUUUGACAGAGUGUUCAGUCUGAUAGAAAACAGUUCUCAGGAGGCGUCGUACGGUGCAGUGGAUCGCCUCAACCCAGAACAGAGCAUGCUGGAGGUCGGGAUGGCAUCCACCAGCACAUCUGUCCUCCAGCAGUGCUCGGCGCCAAUAUUUGAUUCUGCACUGAAAAGGUUACGGAGGUUUGUCACAGAGAGCUGGUAUGAGACCAAAGUCAGUGGUCGAUUUGCUGCCAACCUUUGUCGAGCUGCUGCCAAGGUCAAUCCAGAAAAAACAUUGAAAAUAUUUCUGCCACAUUUUUGUGACUUCAUCCUAAACUUUGUUAGGGAUCAUGAAGAUCUUAUGGAUGAGGAACAUCUUGAUGGCAGUUUUAUGUGGAAUCUCUUGUUGUUAUCUCAGCUUGUUCGGUGUGAUGGCCGAGAAGUGAUCAAAUACAAGGACACCCUCAUAGAAGUGCUCAAAGUGACGUUGACCCUCAAGUGUAUUCAGGGCUACGAAAUAGCCGGACAGUUGCUGCGUUACCUGUUCCGUGCCGUGCUGUUGGUGUACCCGACAGAGUACAAGAGCAUCAACGGCAGCUUCGACCGGCCGUUCGACGAAUACCUCGUGACCCGCGACUGGGCCAAGCCGGGGAACAUCCAUGACCUGGGGAUCGACUGGCACGUCCCGACUGAUGAGGAGAGGGCCUUCGCGUCACAGCUGUUAAAACUCUUCCUAGAACCUGAAUUGAAAUUCAUAGCGACCGUGUCAUCCUGCAUGCUGGUGUCAAGAGACGACCUGCUGAGGAGACUGAACAUCAUACUGGAGUGUCUGCUGGGGUCUGGCUGUGAGCUGCCACAGUGGGAAGGAGAAGCAAUCAAAAGGAUGGAAAGUGUUGUUGACCUGACGAGGUUUGCGAGCGAUGCACACAUGAUGCAUGGGUUAACACUGAAUGGGGAAAAUAUCAGAGAAAUGGUGGCCGAAUCGGUCAGGAGUCUUCUAGGGUAUAUGGAGGCAUCGUGUGAGGAUGAUACAAAAGGCCUUUUCAAGAUUAUAAAGAUUUAUGAAACCCUCUUGUUUUUCUAUGGAUCUCAAAAAGGUGAUUUUGAUGGGCGUUGGAAAAGUUUUCAUAUUGUGAAAUCAGCCCUGGAAGACAAGAUGAGAGGAAAGAAACUUCAUAUCCGAGCACUUCUUGUGGACCGGGCGCAGUUACAGCACGAGAAUCGUCUACUGAACUCAACAAAUAAAGCAUUUACAAAACGCCAUCAGGAUAUUUGUAAUGAUCUCUUCAAGUUGUGUAUGAGUAGGUACAGUGAGGUGCGCAAAAAGGCACAGAGCAGUCUACUGAUGACGUUCACAAAUUUCCCCUUUUCCUACUAUUCCAUUCUGCCAGACUUGGUGGAAAACUUAAAAAAAACAGACAUUGAAGAACACAAGUUUAAGGGGACCCUGUACACAAUCCUCGGCAGUGGUCAGAAGUGUCUGGCCAUAAAGCGGAACUGGGAGGUGUUGCUGGAGAUCUGGCCGGCUCUCGUCCAGUCUCAGCACUCGGAGAAACCCUCCAUCCUGAAGGUGAUCGACGACAUCGUCAGUAGAGUCAUCAAGUGUCUCGAGUCGGUGGCCAUCAAAACAAAGGUGCAAGAUACAUGUCUUGAAGCGGCCAAGGAGUUUAUUUCCUCGCCGUGUCCCAAAGCCAUCUAUCCACCUGCGACAGCUGAAGAUGUACAGAAAGGAUUGCAGAUGGAAAAUGCUAAAACCAUGAAGGCUACAGAGCAGUACAAUCAUUUAGUGGAUAGUCUGGCAAAUCUAGUCGAAAGUGAAAAACUUACGUGGAAGUUCAGUCAGAUAGGCUUGGAGUUCACGGCUCUCCUCCUCCGGCACGACGUCCCAAUGCCAGCCAGAGCUGUCCAGGUGUUCUGCAAGAGGCUGUGUCAUGACUCUCUCUACAUCAGAAAGUUGUCAAUGGCGGCUCUAUCUGCAAUUCUGAAACAACAGAAACAGGAACACAAGGAGGUUCCACUCGACCCGUACAAGAUUUCUGGCACCCAACCCUUCCCCCCAGGAGUCCGCAUCCCCCCUGGUGAUCGACCGGAUAACAAGUGGCAUCAAUACAACGCGUCUGAUCUGCCCGACACACGCGACAAGUGGGAGAAAACGCCGUUUGUCGAGAAAACACACUGGGGAUACAACAUAUGGCCAAAAGACAUGAAACAGUAUGCUCCAAUUUCCGAGCAACCAAAGGUUGACCGUACGAGGGAUGAGCUGAAUGAGGCGGAGCAGGUGAUUUACGACUUCUUCAUCAACAAGCAGCUGGUCGAGAAACUCAUCUCGUACCUGGCACUAGAGGAACAGAAAGGAAGAGAUAAAUUUCGGUCAAAAUAUCUCAUUUUGUUCAAGGGUUUGUUUAGGAACUUUGGCCCAUGUUUCCUGGAGAACUUGAAGCCGAGUGUUGAGCGGCUGGUGAAGGAUUUGAGUCACGACAAACACGACUCAAGUCAGAGGUGCGCCAUGGAGAUCCUCGGGGGGAUUCUCAGGGGCAGCAAGCACUGGGAGUACUCACAGAUCAUCAGUUUGUGGGACUGGAUCCGUCCACUCCUGCAGUUUGCACAGAACAACAUCACCGUAGAAACCUUGGAUGACUGGGGAAACUUUUAUUCCAGCAUUUCUGAGAGUCGUGACCCAAGGAAACUGAGUUGGGUGUUUGACAUGCUGCUGAAAAACCCACUGUGUGGAGAGGGUGGCGCGUUUGGUGAUGCAAGUCGGCUGUACAUCAUACAGAACGCCAUGGUGCAGCAGGAGUGGAGAAUCCCCGAGUUGCUAUGCCAACUGCUCGAUUACGUCACACCUCACCUGUCUCACAACUACAAGGCAGUCCGGGAUCGCAUUGGAAGUUUGCUGUGCACAAUUUUCCUGUAUGACUACAAGAUUCACCGUGACUCGGAGGUGAGGUCUCCCAUCAAGGCGACGUUCAUACAGCAGAUUCUGCCACAGCUCGAACCUCUCAAGGACAUCGUGCCCAGCCCUGGCGAAAACAACGGCAUCAAGAAUAAUAGUAUCCAUAAAUCGGAUCAAAAGGACAUCUCUAUGGUCACUGAGGAAUCGUCUUCUGACGACGAAGAACGCAAGACGGCAAUUCGCUUGUGUAAAACAGUGAUGAACUGGCUCCAGAACUGUUACAGUAGGUCUUUCAUCUCUUCACCUAAAGAAGUCUUCCAUCUUCUACCCAUAAUAUGCACCCUGGAGAGUGAAUCUAACGAUGUAGAUCUCAAAGCUGACUGUUCCACUGCUCUGGCCUGUCUGUCACAGUCGUUUGUUCAUCCCAGUGCCAUAUCGACUGCCCUGCACACUAUUAAAGAGGUGGCUGGUCUGCAGUCGUGGCACGCCCGGGCCGCCAUCCUUAAGUACAUCCAGAACAUGGUGUUCGGAAACUUCUUCCUCCUCAACUCUCCCGAACACAAGACCACCAUCCAGAAUCUCCUGCUGCAUCUCAUCUGUGAUGAACAGCUUGAGGUUCGAGAAAUGGCAGCAAUGACUCUCAGUGGUUUACUACACUGCGGGUUUCUCAACCUGGACAAAACUGUCAUGACUCACUUUGAGAAGCUGAGUCAGACAAAGCUGAAGAAGAAGCACCACGUGACAGGCCUCCAGGACCAGCCGCUCGAGAGUCUGAUCCAGCGCCACGCCGGGGUGCUCGGGCUGGGCGCGUGUGUCCAGGCAUACCCGUAUGAUGUCCCCGAAUUCAUUCCACAACUCCUCAUGGAUCUCAGCGACCACGUCAAUGACCCACAGCCUAUACAGAUGUCUGUGAAGCAGACCCUGUCAAACUUCCGUCGUACACAUCAUGACAACUGGCACGAUCACAAACUCAAGUUCACUGACGACCAGCUUGUUGUCCUAACUGACCUCCUUGUGUCGCCCAACUAUUAUGCUUGAUGAUAGUCAAUUAUAGGCUAGUUUAGAUUGAAGAAUAUAGUUGAUGAGGAAGCUGUGAAAUACCAAUAUCACAAUGCUCAAGAGAUGGUUGCUACAGUUCACAUUGCAGCUAAAACUGUUUGUCACUGACUGUGUAUGUUAGUGAUUAACUGCUACCAUCAUUUCAGACCAUGAAGAUUGUGUUAUUGUAUAAAUAUUUAAAUAUAUAUAUUUGAACAUGUAUGAACUGCAGACCAUAAUCAAAUUCAUUUGCGAGAUCUAGGGCAUUAGAUGUGAUUUAAUAUAUCAGACAGAUUCACAGAUUCAGGGGCAGGUAAAUGGAUGGAUUGAUGGACAGAUACCUGCAGAAAAUCAGUACAUCUUGAAUGGGCUUUAGGGAUACCAAAUUAGAUUAGUGACAGCCUUUAUUAGAAUGAUAAUUCUGAGCCACAACUCUAAUUCUGUCCUGAACUCAAAUUGUAAGAUGAAACUCAAUUUAUGAGCCUAAACUCUUGAUUCUGAGCUUAGUCUCUAAUUCUAAACCUAAAGCCUUCAAUUCUGAAAGCCGAAACUCUAAUUUUGGGCCUGAAGUUGAACUCUAAUUUUGGAAAGUUCUUAAACCCUUCACUCCGAGUGUGAAAGCAUUUUGUUUUAUAAAACACACAUGGUUAGUGUGUCCACAUGAUUGGUUACUUUCUGUGUUUUUGUUUUACUUUACAAGAUUCUCAAUUUCCCAAUAGAUCUAUUUUUAAUAUGAUGUCAGUACCUAGAUAACAAAUUUUCUUCCAGACUACGAUGUGAUUACAUGUAUUUUUAAUAUUUGACAGCUAUUAUUAUGCAUUAAAACCCUAUCUGUGGGCAUGCAGGUUUAAUAUUUUAAUAUGGAGAGUUUUGAAUUUUAUUAAACAAUAACAUGUAUACAUUAGCAAUUAUGUAUGUGUAUGUAUAUAUAUAUAUAUAUAUAUAUAUAUAUAUAUAUAUAUAUGAAAACAAAUAUCUAUUAAUAUACAUGUUUUACUUUGUGUUACAGAAAUUUGUUAUGUUGAUGAGUACAUGUGAUAUUAUUUUGAAAUAUCAGACAAAAAAAUAAAGUUUACCACCAAUCAGGGUUUCAGAAAGAUGUUAAAAAGGUAUGUGUGCAUUUACAUAUGAAAACAUUACUUUAAUAAUAAAUAAAGAAAACCCUUCUGUUUUCUUUCUUUUCCCCCCGCAUGCUAAGCUUUAAGUAUAACUGAGUGUUUGAUUGUAAAUAUUUUACUGUAAAUCAGGAAAUGUUAGUGACCAUAAAAUAUUAGUGAAUUUAGCAAAGCCAUAUAAAAUGCUAAAGAGACCUACAAGAUACUGUUCUAAACAACUUUUGUGCGCUUUUGUUGAACAUACAAUGGUUACAUGCCAUUUCACCACGACUGGUAUAUCAAAGGCUGUGGUAUGUACUACCUUGUCUGUGGGAUGGUGCAUAUAAAAGAUCCCUUGCUGCUAAUCGAAAAGAGUAGCCCAUGAAGUGGCGAC